UGUGCUCUGCUAUCGAUUCUCUCUGGAUCCUAAAGUGCGGGCGAGAGCGGUGGUAAAACAUGGCGUCGGAAGGGAUGAUUUUAACCAACCACGACCACCAAAUUCGAGUCGGAAUUCUAACGGUGAGUGACAGCUGCUUCAGGAAUCUGGCUGAGGACCGCAGUGGAGUAAACCUCAAAGAUCUGGUCCACGACCCGUCACUGCUCGGAGGCAUCAUAUCUUCCUACAAAAUAGUCCCAGAUGAGAUCGACGAGAUUAAGGAGACAUUGGUGGACUGGUGUGAUGAGAAAGAGCUGAACCUGAUCCUGACCACAGGGGGUACAGGCUUCGCCCCUCGUGAUGUCACUCCCGAGGCCACCAGAGAGGUGAUAGAGCGCGAGGCCCCAGGGAUGGCGCUGGCUAUGCUGAUGGGCUCGCUUCAGGUCACACCUCUGGGCAUGCUCUCCAGGCCUGUCUGUGGAAUCCGAGGGAAAACCCUCAUCAUUAACCUACCUGGUAGCAAGAAGGGCUCACAGGAGUGUUUCCAGUUCAUCCUGCCCGCUCUGCCCCACGCCAUUGACCUGCUGCGUGACGCAGUGGUGAAGGUGAAGGAGGUUCACGAUGCCCUGGAGGACCUGCCCUCACCCCCGCCGCCCCCUCUCCCCGCCCCUCACCCUCAACAGCUGAAUUAUUACUCUAAGGGUGUGCAGUGUGAGGAUGAUGAAGAUGAGAAGAUGAAGGACAUCGGGGCGGCGUCCACCGAGGACCACCACCACACCCACUCCCACCACCGCCACUCCCAUUCCCAUGGACACAACUCACACAUCACCGCCGCCGCCAUCGCUGCCAAGAUCCCAGACAGCAUCAUCUCCAGGGGUGUACAGGUUCUUCCCAGAGACACAGCCUCUCUGAGCACCACACCUUCUGAGUCGCCUCGCGCCCAGGCCACCUCGCGCCUCUCCACUGCCUCCUGCCCCACACCCAAAGCCCGGCUCCCCUCCUGCUCAUCCACUUAUAGUGUCUCUGAGGCCGCACGGAGAGAGUUCAGGGCUCACCUGGAUGAGGUCACCACGCUCCAGUCUAGGUACUCUACCUUGGACCAGCUCCACUCUAGGUUGGAGGGGCUCAACGAGGACCACAGAGGCCAUAGCAGAACCUACGACUCGCGAGUUCAGUCGCGGUGUGGCAGCAAAGAGAACAUCCUGAGAGCUAGUCACAGUGCAGUGGACAUCACCAAGGUGGCUCGCCGGCACCGCAUGUCUCCCUUCCCCCUCACCUCAAUGGAUAAGGCCUUCAUCACUGUACUGGAGAUGACCCCUGUGCUCGGCACUGAGAUCAUCAACUACAGAGAUGGGAUGGGUCGAGUCUUGGCGCAGGACGUUUACGCCAAAGACAACCUGCCUCCGUUCCCUGCGUCAGUCAAAGAUGGCUACGCCGUGCGAGCGGCUGAUGGUCCUGGAGAUCGCUUCAUUAUUGGAGAGUCACAGGCAGGACAGCAGCCCACGCACACGGUGAUGCCGGGUCAGGUGAUGAGGGUGACAACGGGGGCUCCUAUCCCCUGUGGGGCGGAUGCUGUGGUGCAGGUGGAGGACACUGAACUGCUUCGAGAGUCUGAGGACGGCACAGAAGAGCUGGAGGUGCGGAUCUUGGUACAGGCACGCCCUGGACAGGACAUCAGGCCUAUAGGUCAUGAUAUAAAGCGUGGGGAGUGUGUCCUGUCCAAGGGAACCCACAUGGGCCCCUCUGAGAUUGGCCUGCUGGCCACAGUAGGAGUCACUGAGGUGGAAGUGCAAAAGUUCCCCGUGGUGGCUGUCAUGUCCACAGGCAACGAGCUGUUGAACCCAGAGGAUGAUCUGCACCCAGGGAAGAUCCGGGACAGUAACAGAUCUACACUGCUGGCCACCAUUCAGGAGCACGGAUAUCCUACCAUCAACCUGGGCAUCGUCGGAGACAACCCAGACGACCUCCUCAAUGCCCUGAACGAGGGCAUUAGCCGUGCUGAUGUCAUCAUCACCUCAGGGGGCGUGUCCAUGGGAGAGAAGGAUUACUUGAAGCAGGUGCUGGACAUUGACCUCCAUGCCCAGAUCCACUUUGGACGGGUCUUUAUGAAGCCAGGUCUUCCCACCACGUUCGCCACUGUAGACAUUGACGGGGCACGGAAACUGAUAUUUGCUCUACCAGGUAACCCAGUGUCUGCUGUCGUCACCUGUAACCUAUUUGUCAUCCCUGCUCUGAGGAAGAUGCAGGGGAUCCUGGACCCUCGACCCACCAUCAUCAAAGCCAGGCUGUCUUGCGAUGUAAAGUUGGACCCUCGUCCAGAGUACCACCGCUGCAUCCUGACAUGGCACCACCAGGAGCCUCUGCCAUGGGCACAGAGCACAGGAAAUCAGAUGAGUAGUCGACUGAUGAGCAUGAGAAGUGCCAACGGGCUGCUGAUGUUGCCUCCUAAAACAGAGCAAUACGUGGAGCUGCAUAAAGGAGAGGUUGUGGAUGUGAUGGUCAUAGGACGACUAUGAUGAUGUCAUCUUACAGGGACAGAUGGAUAGACAGGAAGAGGAAGUGGUGCAUGUCCACAUAUCAUAACUAUUCUGUAAUAUGUAACGGCACAGCUAGUUUUUAUUGAUUUGGAUAAUAAAGUUGAUCAAGUAUAAUUAAUCACGAACACAAAAUAAAUGAGUACAUACAUUGAUCAUGAAAAUAUUAAUUUGAAAAGAUCAUUGUAUUUCAAAGACAAAAUGUAAUACCUUUAAAAAGUGGAGGGAAAAAAUAUAUAAAACAUAAGAGAAUUAUUCUGUAUUAUAUUAUUAUUAUAAGUAUCAUGAUUAUUAUGAUAAUUAUUAAUAUUAUAUUAUCAUAUUAAGCAACUCUUGUUUCUCUUUCAUCCUUGCAAUUGCUUUGUGUGUUCAACCCUAGACCUUAUAGAUAGAUAGCAGUAGCAUUUCAAUAGGAAGCUGUAGGUGCUUAACAGGAUUAAAAAAGAAAGCCUAUUUUCUUAUCUCACAAAAAGGUUCAAAAUACAUCUUCUUUUUUACAACGAAAACCCUUUUGAGAUUGUCAGAAGUCCCCCUUGGUCUAUGUUCUGAUUCUCCACCCUUCUCCUAAAGUGUGCACUUGCACACUCCCAGUCAUUUAAAUGCAUGGGUUUGGUGUAGGCAUUGGCUGGAGGUAGUUUCCACCAUUGCUAAAUCCAUGCAAGAAAGAAAACGGGAAAAGAGUGAAGAAUCAGGAUGUAACCUUGGUGCUCUGGCUUGAUAGGAGGAGUGCUUUCAGGGUCCUGAGGGUGCCUUUAGGUGACAGCUAUCUUUACCUCCCUUUAGUAUUCUUCUCUUCUAUGCCACAUUAUAUGGGCUUCAUUGUGCUUCAUAAUGGCUUCACACAGCUUUGCUUGUCGUUUAUCUUGUGAGUCGUGUUUAUGUGCGCAGUGCCAAAAGUGUUGGGCAUCAUGAUGAGAACUGGGCCUGUAUUUAUAAAGUGGCUCUGAGUAGGAGUGCUGAUCAAGGAUCAGGGCCCGUAUCCACAAAGCAUCUCUGUGUAGAAGUCCUGAUCUAGGAUCUGUCCAUAUAAUUUUUUUCA